UAGGAAUCGCUUGCCCGACUCUCGUGUCGGCGGCGUGUCUGGCGCGUUGACCGCGUGUCGGUGCUACGUAGUCUGGGAUUUGUGCGUAAACAAAAACUUUAGAUCCCAGGCGAAAGCAUUCAAAGAAGACAUACCUAGAUCCGAAUAGAGAAAAGGGAAGCAUCGAACGGAGAAGAAAAUGAAUAAGAGAAACGCAUUGUAUGGCUUAGGGAUUCUUCCACCUCUAGUCCCUCUGUCCGUGUACGCCUACAAAGCCCUGCAGGGGAGAGGAUGCGCGGUCCCUCAGAACCACGACGUGUUCUUGAGCUUCAGAGGCCCAGACUCUCGCACCGGCUUCGCCGAUUUCCUCUACAGCAGCCUGGUAGCUGCUGGGGUCCACGUGUUCAGGGAUGACGACGCGCUCCCGAUUGGUGAAGAGAUAGGCCCGGAGCUCCUCCGCGCUAUCAGGUCUUGUAGGAUUGCGAUCCCCAUCAUCUCCGUGCAGUAUGCGCAGAGUAAAUGGUGCCUCCGCGAGCUCGCCGAGAUUAUGGAUUGCCACAGAGAGCAUGGCAAAUCAGUCUUCCCUAUAUUCUAUAAGGUGGAUGUUGCAGAUGUAAGUAACCUACGGGGUCGUUUUGGAGCUGCUCUAUUUGAACACAGGAAGGUGUACCGGGACAGCUCGGAAGAAGAGCGAGUACGGGAUUUGAGUGAAUGGCGGAAGGCACUGGCUUCUGUAGCGAGGAUUAGAGGAUGGAUAUCACAAACCAUUGCUAAUGGGCAUGAAGGAGAGCUGGUGAAAAUUGUGGUCGCAAGGGUUUUGACUGAAUUGAAGACAUCGUGGAUCGAACGGCUCCCCCUGUUUCCUAUAUUGAUGUCUAAUCACCACAUAAGAUCAUUGUAUUAUUACUAUUCAAAGGAGAAAAGAAGACACAGUCAAUGCCAAGUGUUCUUGGCCUUUCGUGGCCCUGAUACUCGAUACGGCUUUGCUGCAUACCUCUACAUCAGCCUUGUGGCUGCAAAAAUCAGAGUGUUUUAUGAUGAUGAUACGUCCAUCAUAGGUAAAGUUAUUAGUGAUGAGCUUAUGAAUGCCAUCGACCACUGCAAGAUAUCCAUUCCGAUUCUCUCUGAAAAUUUUGCCUCCUCUAGUUGGUGCCUCCGUGAGCUAAGUUACAUGGUUGACUGCAAGAAAACAAAAGGGCAAACGAUAUUGCCCAUCUUCUACAAAGUGAAGCCCUCACACGUGAAAUAUUUAACGGAUUGUUUUGGCGACCGCCUUCGUGAAUAUGAGAAGCGUUGUGACAGAGAUCAAUGUGAGAAGUGGAAGGAAGCUCUCAAGAAGGUUGGAUCCUUUAAAGGAUGGGAAUCGGAGAGAAUCAACAAUGGGCAUGAAGCGGUACUUGUGAAACGGGUCGUCCAGGAGGUCUCGAGGUUGUUGAAGAAUCCCCAAACGCAUGAUCGCCAUCUCCAUCCACUGAAUAUUGACUCAAUCCUGGGAUAG